AUGGUGUUGGUCGAUCGCCAGGUCAGAAUCAACAAUCAAGUCGAAGAAUUCAUCCCACAAUCAGGAGGUCUUUCAAGGGAUAAUAAGGACAUUGAGCUUCUUCUCCGCAAGAGAUACUCCAGCAGCAGCAGACGAGAGAAGGAGGUGGCCGUCGGUGAAGAGAUGACCCGGUACCGGGCGGAUGUCGAGGGGCCGGCGUUCAUGGUUCCCUCGGGCCCCAGCGGCGUGCGCAAGGAGUGGCCGGAGUGGGUGGAUUUCUUGUUGGACCAUGACGACGAAGUUGCCUACUUCCUUGGCGUGUUGGACGGCACCGAGCCUUGCCCUCCCCAGGUCGCCGACCCCUGCGACGGCGUCACUUCCCUGUCCCUCAACAUCGCUCGGCCACUUCCCCAACCGUCACGGGCGCACUCACCCCGACUCCGCCUUCAUCGUCGGCUGCCACAAGAACUUGCUCCUUCUCUGCCUCGGCAGCAAGGAUGGAUUCUACAUGGUUUACAAUACCAAGGCCAACUCCAUCGCCGUCGUCCCGCGGCAGAUUUGCUGCUACUCGACCCACUUCCCCAUAGCACGGGCCCGAUGGGAGUUCAGGGGGCUCGCCGUCCUACGCCUCUCCUCCAGCGAGGAGCACGAUGA